AUGGUGCUUUAUGAGAACGAUGAUCCUGACUGGUUUUUGGUGAAAUCAAGGGAAGGUCAGAUUGGUUUGGCUCCUAGUAACUACAUUGAAACGUUAGAACCCGAACAACCAGUAUGUGAACCACGGUGGGCCAUUGUGUUGUAUGAUUUCGAUGCUCAAGGUGAAGAGGAAUUGACAGUCAAGGAACAAGAACAGGUGCUGAUUGUGGAUUAUGUUAGCAGCAAUGAAUGGUGGACGGUUGAACAUCAAGAUGGUCGCAUUGGUAUUGUACCUACUACCUAUGUUAAAUUCCAAGAAGACUAUGAAGCUGACUUGGCAAAGGAAGAAAAUGAAUCUCGACGACAACAAGAACUAGAACAAUUAUUACAACAGCAAAAGCAACAACAAGAACAACUUGAAAAGGAACGAGCACGGCAAGCUGAAGCAGAACGGCGACGCAAAAUGCAAGAAGAAGCCAAACAGCGAGAACUAGAUGCAAAACGCGCAGCAGCUCGUGCAGCAGCAGCAGCAAACUCACCUCAAAUUACAGCAGCUUCUUCUCCCAGACGAAGUCAAAUUCCAGCACCUCUUCCUCCUACAGCAAACACUCAUGAUACUGGCAAACCUGAUCCUUCCAAAGUACGAACAUGGACUGAUCGCACUGGUGCAUUCAAAGUUGAAGCUCAAUUUUUGGCGUGCAACAAUGGCAAAAUUCGACUUCAUAAAAUCAACGGUGUCAAAAUUGAUGUACCUGUCCAGAAAAUGUGUACGGAAGAUUUGCACUACAUUGAACAAGAAACUGGUGCUCGAUUACUGGAAGACAAAAGCGAUAAUAUCCCUCUGGCCCAUUUAACAAGCAACAAGACGGACAAUGACAAUGGAUUCAAUUGGUUCGACUAUUUUACAAAAAUCAAUAUUCCAUCGAAAAGUGCACUUCGAUAUGCAGCAACAUUUCAACAGGAUGGUUUGGGAGAAAAGGAUAUCGACAAUUUGACUCAUCGCAAAAUGAAAUUGCUUGGUAUGACGGAAAAACAUGUACAACGAUUACAACGUUAUCUGGAAACGCAAGUAGCUGAGCCUCCUUCAGAUGACGAACAAGGUGGAAUCAACGUGAGUAAAAAGGGCAAAAAGACAGUGACUUUUGGAUCAACAAGCUUUAUACAAGAUGAUGACGAUGAUGUAGAUGAAACUGACCCUGAAAUACAACGGCAACGCCAAAUCGAAGAGGAUGAACGAUUUGCAAGACAACUUCAAUUACAAGAAAAUGACACCACAAGAACACAUUUACAUCGACGUGGAACUGGUCGACCAACACCAAGUACUUCUGCACCUAAGGAUAUGAACGCGCAAAUCAUGGAUAAGAUCAAGAACCAGCUCCGAACAGAACCAUUGAUACCAUCUCCUGUAUCUCCAUCCACUCAGAAUACCAGUGCAGCAACGGUGAGUGUACCUAUAACCACUUCUUCUACAGGGUUCCAAGAUGAUGCUUGGGCAAAUCGACCUUCGGCACCAACAACAACAAAUACAACGCAAUCAAUUCAAUACACUCCUCAGCAAAACCAACCUACUGUUCCUCUUCCCCCUCGACAACGUCCAACUCCUCAGUUAUCACAAACGAAUCAAGUAGAUCCUAACUUACUAUCUCAGUGGACCAGUAAUAAUCCAACGCCUUCACCACAACAACAGCGCCCUGUUCCCCAGCCAAUCCAACAACAACAAUCAUUCACUCAAAUACAACCUACCACCAAUGUUGUACAUGUUCAGCCUGCUUUGCCUCAUCGCUCUCCCGGUACGUUCAACCAGCAACAACAACAAUCUCAACAGUUUAACCCUCAACCGCUGUAUGGACAAAACCAACCUCAACAACAGCAGCAACAACCAUUCUUAUCAUCCAAUGUCCAACCUCAAAUGGCUAUGAAUGUACCUGUAUCAUCUGUUCUUCCACCUCCCCUAGUACCUACAAGUAGUCCUAUGUCGACUUUGAAACCGCAACCCACUGGUAGAAAUUGGACAAGUUCUAAAAUCGCGAAACGUAAUCGUUAUAUGUUUUUUUUCUUUUAGCACCUGACAAUCCUUUUGGUAACGGUCCAUCUCAACAACAAUCUCCACAACAUUCAGCCAUGGGAGUUGGACAACUCCCUCAUCAAGGAUCAUCGGGAAGUUUCAACCAAUCGCUUCAACCUGCUCAAGUUUUUGCAUCGAUGACAGGAAAUCAAAACAUGACCCCCCAACAACAAACCAGUAAGUUGAUCAAUCGAAGAGAAUAUUAG